GCGACGCCCACGCGGGAGGGCACCGGGGGGAAAAGGACCGCGCGGCGCGGCCGAGGGAGGGAAACCUGGGAUAGAGUUUUUCUUUCUCUUCCGAGACGCUCAGCGGCCCUCUAGAAGCACCCGCGAUUGAAAGGGGUGGGUGUGACUCGGGGGCAGGAACUCUAUAAAUUAGCAAUUCUGCGACAUCCCUCCCCACGUCCUGCAGUUGGUACGGUCGGGGGAGGGGGAGUGUGACCAGAAUGGCGGUUGCGUCUUGGCGUUCGAAUAGAGCCCUCCUGGAAACCGUGCAGCGUUCCGCGACCUCGGGCGUGCUGUUAGGGUUCCGUCCCGGCUGCUGCCGCUGGGCCCUCGGAGGGAAACGCUAUCUGCUUACAGAUGACAUCAUGAAACUAGAAGAAUUCCAGAAAGCGAAAGUGGCUGUUUCCUAUAGAUUAAAUGGGAAAAAAGAAAUCUAUUUUAAAGACAUUGAAGAGAAAAUGAAGAAAAAGGGUCUCAUCUUAAAAGAGGAACUGAAAACCCUGCUCCAUUUGUGUGAAACCCAAGAUGACAUGGAGCUGGCAAGAAGUGCCAUUUACAGGUACCAUGCUGAAAACAGAAAUAUCAGCUUAGGGGAAUAUAAAUUUGGACCUCUUUUUAUAAGGCUUUGCUAUGAGCUGAACCUAGAACAAUCUGCAGUGGAGCUCAUCAAAGACCAGCAUUUACAUGGUUUCUUUUCAGAUGGCACAUCAUUUAAUAUUCUGAUGAAUAUAUUAUUUAUCAAAGGCAACUAUGAAGGUGCAUUGGAGAUUUUAUUAGAAAUGAAAAACCAAGGGAUAAAAUUCAAUAAAGAUACCUACAUCCUUGCUUUUGCAAUUUGCUAUAAACUGAACAAUGUCAAUUCUUUCAACACCUGUAUGACUUUACUGGAUGAAGCAAUGAUCAAAGCAGAAAUUUUGACAAGGCGAGCCUCCAGUUUUGCCAUAGCAUUAGCUCUAAAACAGAACCAGGUGGCAAAGGCAAGAUACAUUUAUUCUCAGAUCAUGAACCCAGACAGCAAAGCAUGUAAUAAUUUAAAUAUCCUUAUCCAUGCCCACUCAGACAUGUUGAAAGGAGCCCUGAAGAUUCUAGAGGAAUCCACUGAAAAAAUUAAUUCCAGCUUCGUGAAGAAGCAAGAGUUCUCAGAGGAAGUGCUGACCACAGUGAAGGAGAAAUUAGAUGGACAUCCAGCUCUCCAGGCCAGAUUCAAAGAGAUCUGUGAUAAGCUCCGGGCAUCGGGUCAAGUCAUUCCCCAGACUGUGGAUGCUAUACUCUGUGUCAUCCCUCAGGGCAGGAAACCCCACAUUUUCUCAUUUAACAAGAGGCAAACAAGCCGACGGACUUUACAGUCGCUCAAAUUAUCUCUGGUAGCUGAGUAACCCUGGAUUUGACCAAUGGUGACUGAACUGCAUGUGCCAUUCUGAGCAUCUUAGAAACUGCUCUGAAGGAAAUUAGGUUGAACACUUUUUCCCUCCAUAGAUUUUUGAGAUUUGUUGACAAUUGACAUUCUAAACUAAGAGGUUAGUAUUGUGGACUAUUGUGGACAACAUGAACCCAAACAACCAGAAAUCUUCUUGUUGUUGUUUUUAAACAUGAGGAUUUAUCUGUAUAGAGUGACAGGUAUUGCCCAGAGUAAAUUGCAGUGGUUUCUUGGUCCUGUUUCCUGACCCUUAAUUCACAUAAGCAGAAAGAAAUAUCCCUGAAGGAUUUCAUAUCAGGAUGUAGACUUGUCUGGCUUUGAAUAACCCUUCUACAUCUUGUUAUAUCCUUGGAAACUCAAUUCUGUCGCUGAUUUCAAAGAUUUUCUGUGUCUCCUUGAAAACGGUCAUCUUCCCUUAUUAACUUGAAUGCAGUAAUUUUGUUUUUAGUAUUUAAAGCACUAAAGCAUGUUGAGAAAGUUCCUGACAAAAUAUAGUAACCAUCAUUUGCUAGAGGCAGAAUUACAUGGAAAACAGAACACAGCAUGGACUUGGGAAUAUGAAGCUCAGGAUUUUGUCCUGGCUUCUAUCACUACCUAAUUUCUGUGACCCUUAGCAAGCUCCUUUAUGGCUCAGUCUGUAAAGUGACAGGGCUUGUGCCUCAUAUCCUAGCAUCCAGAUCUGAGAAUUUCAGACAACAAAAAAGCAGGUGAGAGACUCAUGCAAGCAAAGCAUAGAAUAACAAAAAUACUUUGUUUUCCUCUGAUAUAUAUCUCUCACCCCCUCCCCAACCUCUAUGAGGCAAACAGACACAAGCUUUAUCUUUCUGAAUACUAAAUAUGCCAGCUUUAAAUUAGUACUUCCCAGUUUAGGGUAAGUCAUACGAUUUCCCAAUAAAAACCAUGCGAAAUUA